ACCCAUUCCUGCUUUCUUCGGAAUGCCUAGUGAGCAUAUCGCGACAAAAUUUCUCGAUAAGUUUUCUCUCGUGAGAGUCUCUUGAAAGUGCCUGAUUUCAUCGAUAUUGCACAACGUGAGCAUGAGUUUGCGAAGCUUACUAGGCAGGGGCCAGCCCAAUGGUUCGACACAAUCAUUGAGUGCUCUGGAUGAGCCGAACCUGAUUGCGGAUGCUAUGGAAGGCGCUGCUUUGAUAAUGAACGAUGACGUGGAUGGUGCUGAGACACGUCUCAGUCGGAUGAAUUCUCCAUUUCACAAGAUGGGCCAGGGAGUCGUUGUCUUCUUACGAGCCACCCUAGGAUUUGAGCCAGAGAUCAUGCGUCAAGCCUCAGAAAAACUUAGUGAGGCAGAAAGCAGCGCCUACGAGCAUCACAAACAUGCUCUAAAGAGAGGAUCCACGUAUGGGUCCAUCAUCUAUCCAGCGGGGACUGAAUUUGCUCUUUGUCAAGCACAAGCGCAGCUGCUGGGUGCUGUUCUUGCCGUGCUGAAUGAAAGCUUGCCAGAGAGCAUUAAGGGCUUCUAUAAAAUGCGAAAAGCUUAUGUGACUCUUGACAGCAUUCUGUCUUCGGAGACGGCCUAUGUUCAUAGCAGCAGCACAAACAAUCCUGCAGAUACCCACAGAAGGUCUUUAAAGUCUCUCCCUGCCGUAUCUGGGAAGGUCCAUAUUGCUGGUAAUAGCCGUCCCGGCACAGAACUUCCUUCGCAGCAACCGUCGACAGAAGCAAGCAGUGAAGCUGUCAGUCGGAACAAUAGUGAUGAUGAAGAUGAGUUUUUCGAAGCUGACGAGGACCACGAAGGAGCUUCGACACCACAGGAAUAUAUUGGAAACCUUACCGAGAACGAGCCAAGUGACUCGAAACCUGACAGUACACGGUCCGCUAUCUACCAGUUAGAACGCAAGUUUACGAGCGUAACUUUGACGGACGGACCAGAGAAAGAACUGUUCAGCGAGCAUCCUACAGAUGGCUUCAUCCACGCUGGCUCAAACCUUUGCUUUGGCAUUCUAUCGUUAAUCAUCUCCAUGAUACCGCCAGCUUUCUCGAUGCUCCUUAAAAUUGUAGGGUUCCACGGUGAUAAAGAGCGCGGUAUACAGAUGCUUUGGCAAUCAACCAAGUUCAAUAACGUGUAUGCUGCCAUUGGGGGUCUUGUUCUAUUUGGUUACUACCAUGGUAUCAUGGGUUUCUGUGACAUUCAACCCCCGAGUGGACCAGGUUCCUACCCAAAGGAACAGCUGAGUAUCCUAUUAGUAGCAAUGCGAGAGCGGUUUCCAAAAAGUGCUUUAUGGAGAUUGGAAGAGGCACGAAUGAUGGCCAAUGAGAAACGACUCGAAGAGGCAGUUGAGUUCAUGGACAAGUCAGAACCGAGCGCCAUGGAGCAAAUCGAUGCUCUGGCAUGGUUUGAACGAUGCUUGUAUCUCAUGUACCUGCAUCGCUACGAGGAAACAUCGAAGGCAUUCCAAGAGCUAUGUACUAAGAACAACUGGUCCCAUGGUUUAUACCUAUACAUUGCAGCAUCUGCGCAUGUCGAGCUAUACAGAAAAUACAAAAAAUCGGAACCCGACGAAGCUGCUCGUCAAGCCAAGAUAGCCACCGACCUAUUCCACCGUGUGCCCCAGAAAGCCGGCCGGAAACGCUUCCUCGCCCGCCAACUUCCAUUCGACACCUUCACCAUGCGCAAGAUAUCUAAAUGGGAUGCACGCGCCCGUGACCGCAAGAUUCCUUUCAUCGACGCCAUCGGCGUAUCCCCUAUCGAGGAAAUCAUUUAUUUCUGGAACGGCUACAAGCGCAUGGGGCCUCAGCAACUGCAGAUGACGCUUGCGAAUCUUGGGUGGCCAGAUCAAAACGCGUACCAUGGCUGGAGUGAGGAGAUUGACGAACAUUCUAUCCAAACGCUUUUGAAAGCGAUAACGAUCCGACACAUGGGAGACUUUCAAGAGGGCAGGAGAUUGCUCUCAGAGGAGAUUAUGGGGCACGACCGGGCGCUUUUCAAGGGGCAUCUAAAGGAUAGUUGGACGGCGCCGUGUGCACGGUAUGAGUUUGCGGCGAGUUUGUGGGUUGAAAUGCAGAAGAACGGCGAGGAGGACGCUCUGAAGCUGCAGGAGAUAUCAGGUCAUCUCGAGGAGGUCUCGCGGUGGGAAAGCUACGAUCUAGAUGCCAGAAUGGGUAUCCGCAUUACGACGGCAAAGGAUACACUAAAACAGCUGGAUGUACGACCGACUAUAUAAUAUGGCCAGAGUUCGAGACACGCGCGUACCACAAGUUAGCUUGAUAUAUACUCAUGAUACAAGUAUAGACGUUUCUAGACUUAAUAUCCCCAUAUUCGGGACGCCGUUGCCGUUACUCCUAGACAAAAUACAGAGCAGACUUCAGAAUGUCACUCAAUUUAGCUACAAG